AUGUCCGAGGAGGAGGAAUCUUAUGAUUGGAGUUCGAUGCAUAGGGUUCUAAGCUUGUUUAGAGAUCUAUGUUUCGAUGAGAAUGAGCUAUGUGAAUUAGUCAUGAGAUGCCCAAGACUUGUUUUUGAGGAUUCAGGGGAAUGGACAUUGCUUCUAGCUGGGUGUCAAACGAAGUUUGGGUCAUCUAGAAGUGAAAUGUGGUCGUUUUUCUAUAAGUUCUCGGAAAUUCAGGUAAAGAGAUGUGUUUUGAAUAUAAGGCAUUGCUUCUUGUUUCUGGACCAAAUCAAGAUGGAGUGUGAUGAGAUCAGUGGACAACCUCUUUCUUUGGAUGUCAUCACAGUAGACAUUUAUAACACGAGAGCAUCCGUAUUUAAACAGGCCAUAGUUCAAGCUACAUCCUUUUGGGACUGA